ACGCCCCACUCGUAUAUAAAUGGGACUGCAUUUGUGUCCCUCAUAUCCAAACACGUUUGGUGUAUCCAGCCAAAAAACAUAAUGCAUCUCCGGUGUGUCGCCAUUGUCGCGAUCGUGCUGUGGGUGGGGCUCUCAGAGUCCGGGACACCCUGUAACUCUCGCCGGUUUAAUCAUGACAGCGUUGUCUGCGUGUGUGACGAAAAUUUCUGCGACACGUUGGACCCCAUCGAACCCACGGCGCGAGGACUGCUCAACGUUUAUGAGAGUGACCGUGCCGGAAAAAGGUUGGAGAAGAGGGAGGUCCAGUUCGGAAACGAUUUGCCCGGACCGAUUUUCUGGAAUGUGAACUUAGAACGGACGGAGAGAUUUCAGGAAAUUAUUGGAUUUGGAGGAUCGUGGUCCGAUGCUGCUGCAAUUGGUCUUGAUCGUUUAAGUCCCGACUUGAGGACGAAGGUGUUAAGGUCAUACUACUCCACGGAGGGUAUUGAAUACUCCACUGCCCGAGUGGUGAUCAGUGGUUGUGACUUUUCCAACCGACCGUACACUUACGAUGAUGUCACUAACGAUUGGGAGUUGAAUAAUUGGAGUCUUGUUGAAGAGGAUGUGAACAUGAAGAUUCCACAAAUGCAUGAAGCCGUUCGUCACGCCGGAAAGCCCAUAAAAUUCAUGGGGUCUUCUUGGUCUCCUCCCGCCUGGAUGAAAAACAAUGGAGAAUUGAACCAUGGUGGACAAUUGAUUGGAAAUGCGGGCAGUUAUGAGUGGAAACAAUAUGCGCGUUACCUUCUCAAAUUUUUCCAAGCGUACCGAGCUGCAGGUAUCGACUUUUGGGGAAUGACCGUACAGAACGAACCUAUGACCGGAUGGGACCCCUGGUUCCCCUGGAACACGUGCGGAUUCAAUGCUGAAAUGGAACGAGACUUUGCCAAGCUGGAUCUCGGCCCAAUCAUGGAAGAAGGUGGCUUUGCCCCCGGUAACUUCAGCAUCAUGGUGCUCGAUCACAACCGACCUCUCGCUCUGGACUGGGCGAUAACCGUCUUUUCUGACGCCGAGGCAUCCCGAUACGUCGCCGGGCUCGCGGUGCACUGGUAUUUCUACGGGACCGCGGGACCCUACCAAGUUUACGACAAUAUCCACACCAGAUUCCCCGACAAAUUCAUUUUAGGCACGGAGGCCUGCAAUCGUAAUGAAAUCGAUGGUGACCACAUUGGUCUCGGUUUAUGGUACUUGGCGGAAGACUACGCCCACGACAUUCUGCUCAACCUUCUCCACUGGGUGGGAGGAUGGACCGACUGGAAUUUGGUUCUGGAUGAUGAAGGUGGUCCAAACUGGGUGGGAAAUACGCAUUCCGCCCCCAUCAUUGUGAACCCUGGAGCUGGCGAAUUUUACAAGAAUACGCAGUUCUAUGCGAUGGCUCACUUUUCCAAGUUUUUGCCCCCAGGGUCCAUUCGUAUCGGAGCUUCGCCCGGUGUAGAGGAGGAAGGUACCGUCGAACUGGGUGCAUUUGAACGUCCCGACGGCGGCACGGUCAUCAUCGUCAUCAAUUCUUCCGACAUGGAGCAAUACUUUAACCUUAACGAUGCAGACUUGGGUGUGGUCAAAGUCAAAGUUGAUCCUCACGCUUUUUCCACGUGGGUUUAUUAUCGCUAAAAUGAACUCUGAAAAUUAUACACGUGCAUAAACGCUUUGUUAAUAAAAAUCAAGUGCAGUUUCCUUAUCGAGAAACAAACACUUCUUGAGACUUG